AUGGCGAAGAACCACGCACGAGCUCUCGCCGGGAUCUGCUGUGCAUUGAACGCAUGUUUCAUGGUAGCGAGGGCAGCACCUGUCGUGAACUUUCCGUUCAACUCCCAAGUUCCCACCGUGGCCCGAGUCGAGCAGCCAUAUAGCUUCCGACUCUCCGAUUCGACUUACGCACAAACUCCAGAGAGUCUCGUGUAUAGCUUGGAAGGCCAGCCAGCAUGGCUUACAUUUGACGGCGUGACGAGGACUCUUGAGGGUACACCAGGACAGGCGGAUGAGGGAUCCGCCGCUUUUAGCCUUAUAGCAGCCGAUUCCUCCGGUGCGGUGCGGAUGCCAUGCACAUUGGUCACCUCAGGAAAUCCGGCACCGCUUUUGGCAGGAGAUAUAAGCGAGCAACUCGCGGCCACUAUCAAUCUUUCGUCUAGCGAGCCUGCUGUGGCGACUCUUCUGCCCUCGACAGACUUCAAAUUCGACUUCGAGCAAGGUUCCUUUAUCGACAUUGUUCAACGCAAGCUAUAUUACUACGCUACGCUGUCUGAUCGCACUCCACUCCCUUCGUGGCUCACCUUCGACUCUGAUCAGUUGACAUUCUCUGGGACCGCGCCCGAUCUCAGUGCUUUUCCGCAAUCCUGGACAAUCGACAUUAUCGCCUCUGACGUGCCCGGAUUCGCGGGCACACGUGCGUCUUUCACAAUUGCUAUUGCAAAGCAGCAGCUCGCUUUCGUACCAGAACAGCAAGACGUGACUAUUACCCCUGGGGAGUCUAUAACUAUCUCCACCUUGAAGGACGGGUUGUUUCGAAACGAUGUUCGGAUCAGGCCAGAUGAUCUUGAGAGUGUCACGGCAUCUCUGCCAUCGUGGCUACAACUCGAUUCAGAUACCUUGAGAAUUGAAGGGGAAGCACCAGCAAAUGCCACUACGCAGAACCUCACCGUAUCUGUGGUAGACAAGCUCGGAAAUUCUGCUACUGCAGUGCUCAACGUCAUACUGGGAAGCAUAUCGUAUUUCGACGGCCAAGUCAAAACCAUUGAGGCGCGUGCAGGCGAAUGGCUGGAAUACCACUUUGAUGACUCCUUGUUCAAUCAGGAUAAUUUGGAUCUCAGCGUGACAUUCCCUACAGCCACGAGCUGGCUCAGUUUCGACGCCGAUACACAAAAYAUCUCGGGAAAGGUACCCACGUCCCUGGAGGAUACCACUAUUAAAGCCACACUUCUAKCAAGCCCGCCUGGUGGUAAAGGCAGUCAAGCGCAGGUCUUCACAAUCGACAUACAGGGCAAAGCGAUGUCUUCUACGUCCCUUGUGGCCACGAGCUCAACAACCGCGUCCACGGGUCUUCCUCCUUCAACAAACAUCGCUGGGCACUCUCCUGGCGCAGCUGUCGGAUCGUCCAAUUCCACCACACGCCUCAAAAUCGGACCCAUUGUGGCAAUAGUCAUUCUGUCGGUAGUUCUCACAGCGAUUUUGAUCGUUUCCAUGCUCUUCUACUGUCGACGUAGACGUGCGCGAAGGGCGGAUUUGCUCACCCCGCCGAAAAGCACGAUUUCUCGGCCCAUGCCAUCUCCUGAGCCAGAAGGGAUCAUCGUCACGACAUCAAUGUACCGCGAUGUCGAAAAGCACGCGGGACCUGAGGCUGCUCGGGUGUCACCUUCGUCUCAACACAUCAAUUCAGAAGAUCCGCCGCAACUCGCUGCUCUGCAGCUACCGUCUCAAGGCGCAAACAGGAUGUCGAGAUGGWCUGAGAGGUUCUCGAGAAAUAGCAUGGCAUCAUCGAUGGGAGUGGGAGAGGAGAUGAUCAUGGCAGACUCAAACAUUCCAGAAUGGGGACGACCAUCUGUGGCCAUGUCUGCGCCACACGACAGCUUUUCCAUCCCUGCUGAGAUUGCUAGAGUCUCGAGACAGCUAUCGGACGUCUCUCCUAGCAAGCAAGCACUACACAGGCUCCGUGACAAGAACAGGAAUAGUGCCGGUAUUGGAAUGACAAGGACGACGGCCGGCGGAAUGGCGAGACAUUCGUCUUCAAGACGCGGUACGAAGCAACGAGGGCAAAGGAGUAGCAUGGGCCUAUCAACCACGAGAGAAGCCAGCAGUAUGAGUUCUUUCACAACUAGAGGGACGAGCGUGUUGUCAACUCAGACCACGCUGCCCUGCGAGUUUCCAAGACCUCCAUCGACCGCCGUGUCGCUUCCCACUUCCUCGUUACCAGAAACAGCCAACCGGAAGAGCUACAGGCGAAGCGGUAUCCGUAAUAGCACCAUCAGGAUGGUGGGACGCAGUGAUAGUGUCAAAGACGACCGCCCACUUGAUGAGAAGCGCCAGUCUUUUAUCAGGAAUCGGGCGAGCAAAAGUGGAAUACAGAGUCCGCUUUUCGCACAUGGCUCUAGGGGAUCAUCCUCUGCAAAUGCGRGACUGAAUGGAAGAGCUUCGACCAACCUCUCUUCGUUUGGGAGUAUGAGAGGUUCACGACAACUUCCCACGAACUACUCGGAGGCUUCCUCUACAGAUCCACAGGUCCAUGAUACUCGACGCUUCAGCCAGAGGGUACGGUCUGUUUUCGCCCCAAAUUUCCCUCGUGCACUCACGAGAUCUACGAUAUUUCCAGACGAAGAUCGCAUACCAGAAGGCGCCUCAAGCUCAGCGUUCAGUACGACGUCGGAAUCCCUCAACAGCGAUGAUUGGGUGCACGACUUACCAAAGCCUMGCAAUGAGAGGAAUUUUGUGUUACCGGGAGAAGCAUCGCCUACACCACCUCCAGCACCACCUGUGUCACGGCGCGGCUCUUCGAUUGGUGGACGUGCGCUGCCAGGGGAAGGCGACGUACCAGUCCAAGCUUGGAAGAAACGUAUGAGAGAAAGAUCCUCAUCACCACUAUCAUCACAAGUCAACGCGACAGUAAUGGAUCGGUCGUCACCACUCGGGUCUCGAAGCCAGCGCCGUAGAAAGAGUCUUCUCGGUGAGCCUCAAAGCCUGGUUAGCGCGGACAGCAUGCACAAGUCCACCCGUCCCAGGAUGGCUCGCACCAACGUCAGUCGGCCUGUGAGCAUCGAAGACGUCCAGAGUCGGCUGAGCAGUAUGCAAGCCAAUCAAGGGCACGCCCAAGCAGGAGCAGGAAGUGAGCAAUGGGAAGAAACCGAUUCUGAGGAUGAUGCUCGAGGUGUUGAAUUGAUGCCUGUCAUACCAGCCGGCGGCAGCAGAACUGGUACACAGCGGUCCGAUAUGAGCGGCCCUGCAUUCCUGUAG